GGAGGCUCGAGACUUUUCGCAGCUGGUCGGUUACAAAGGUUUUACUCUCGCCACCAGGACCAGCUCAUGAUUCUUGUAUCCCACUAAGUAAAAAGACAGAGUUAGUGCUGCACUUUGCAUGGCAACAUGGAUACUCAGCCAAUCACCUUGGCUGCCUGCUAGCCGUGUGCGCUUACGCCUAGAUUUUCGUCCACCAAGAGUUUGGUCUCAAGCACGCAACCGACUCAAUGCAUCUCUCGCUAUUUCCACUCAGUCACCGGCAUCCGUCGAGGUCGAACACAUGCCUCUUCCGCGUCAAGCACCCGAUACAUCGGUGUUCGAGGAAAUGACCGCAGAGUAUACCCUAGCCGCGUCUCACAGCGACACAAGUCCACCCGCAUACACUCCCCGGACAUCUUCUGGGACCCUCGUAAAUCUCAUACAUAUAGGAGACUACGCAUCUGCAAACUCAUUGCGGAAAGAGAUGGUAGAGCUCAAGAUGUCUAUUCAACCGCACAUCAUCUACGAACGGGCAGCGAGAACUGUUCUUCAGACGAAGGGACUCAAAAAUCGAGGGGAGGCGUUUUCGGAAUGGCUUUCGUUGUUGCCUACUGCGACAGAACAAUGGAGCACAUUCAAGGAUAUACGCCAGCAGCUCUUUCGUGGAUCGAACUACCUUAACAUCUCACUAAUCAUGCGGUUCGGUCUUACCGUGGCGUCAAAAGGAUAUAUUUAUGGCGAUGCGCAGUCACAAGUGUUGAGCACCCUUGCCCGCUUUGCGAGUCCUGCCACAACUGAGAGAUAUCUUCGCCAGCUGGAAGCAGAGGUAGCCCGUCACUUGAGGACCGGCGGUGUGGAAGUUACUCCAGAACAAUGGACCAAAAUAUACAGCCUCGUCAUCAGAAAUCAGGUCCUGGCUGGCCGAACGGACCACGCUCUUCAGCUUGCACGUAUAGCUGCAACACGUGGACGUCGAGUCACAGACUUCACGUUUAGACUCCUCCUUCAGCACUCCCCGAACGAAGUAUUCACAGCCAGCGUCCACGAAUUACGCGAAGAGAUAUCCAGCGAUCCUUACAGCGUCCCAGAUGUCUGGGAUAAGCGCACUUGUUCUCACUCUGAAACCCUGACCCUCGCUUCCCGUCUGCGUUAUCUCCGACGGGCUAUCAUCUCCACGAACCCUCCCACUUCCUACUCCCUCGCCGACUUCAUGAAUGCCUACCAUGCUACCGGGCGCACACGCGCCUUAUUCGCUCUGCGGAAAAAGGCCCUCCAGCACUCACACAAAGCCAAGUCCCUAUGGGUCAUGGCUGAGAUGCUCUACCACCGCUCCCGCAACGAACCCCAACUCGUCCUCGUAACCUUCGCAUACCAUUUUCACAUGAUCGACGUCCCUCGCAGAACCAUACUGAAAGUGAUGAGAUUGAUCUCCAAGCGCCGUGCCUCGCUUUCCCAGAGGACGUCACUUCCUAAGCACAUGCUAAAUAGCCAACACGAUAUCUCAGAGAAACUAUGGCCGACACCCUACCACACCGCCCUCGUUUGGGAAGCGCUCGUUUGGUCAACGCCAGAGCACGACCACGAACGCAUGUACAAAUACCUCCUCGCCAUCGCAGAUUCAAGCACAUCACAAACACCUAUAUCUCCCCCCGACUCCAAAUUCGCACCAUCACUACUGCAGCUCCCGAAGCGCGCCAUCGAUGCGGCUCAUUUUUCGCCUUUUGUAAAGUUACAUGCAAAGCGCGGUCGGCCGGAGCAGGCGGCGGGUGUUUUGAGGGAUAUGGUGAGGGUUGGGUUGAGUCCUGGGGUUGUGCAGUGGAGUAUGGUGGUGAGAGGGUUUGCUGAGUAUGGGGAUCCGGCUGUGGCGGUUCUUCUUAUUGAACGACUUGAAGAAGAUGGUGGAUCGCAGGCUCAGGCGGACGUAGGUGGUGAAACCGCCCACCAAACGCCAUCAAUUCCGGAUAUUGGGCUCUAUACGAAUGUGCUCAGAGGAUUUGUCCUUGCAAGGAGGUUAGAGCAUGCACAGGAUAUGGAGAUGAGGAUCCGAGAGAGGUUUGAAUAUGUCGAUGGCGAGUUGAAGCCGACGGAUGAUGCGCUUCGUCUGCUGCGGAACCUUGAGCGACAGAUGGCGAGUUGAUGGAGGCGGUACGCUCGUGGUCCUAGGACCAAUAGUCUACUCGAAAGAGAGUUGCGUUGUCAUCGUUGACGUUCUAAUACUGGUUCCGCGAAGUGUGUCAAGUUACCUGCGAUGGCAACACCUCAGAUAUUCUUAUAUCGCGCACGAUUUGAUCGAUUUGAUCCCUCAUCUACAUGAUUGUAGAGCAACCGUGGAAAACGAAACU